AUGACGACGACGACGACGACGAUCGCGCGCGCGCCGACCUCGGUCGCGCGCCGCCGCCGCCGCCAUCGCACGGCGACCCGAACGUCCGCCGCGUCCUCCUCAUCAUCCUCAUCAUCCUCCUCCUCCGGCCCCGGCCGCGUCCCUCGCACGCCCACGGGCGCGCGCCUCCCGCUGUCCCCGUACCGCGUCCUCGGCGUCGCCCCCGACGCGACGUCGCCCGAGAUCAAGCUGGCGUACCGCAAGCUCGUGCGAACGACGCACCCGGACGUGUGCGACGACGCGGACGCGGCGGCGACGUUCCGCAGGGUGAACGGCGCGUACGAGAUCGUCGGCGCGGACGCGGUUCGGAGGGCGCGGUUCGACCGCGGCGACGAUUGGGUCGCGAUGGACGACGGGUGGCUGCCGGAGCAGCGAGGGAUGGCGUUUUCGCCGCCGACUGGUUUAGCGACGAGCGACGACGAGUACGACGACGAGUACGACGACGACGGCGGCCCUUGGGAGGGAGGAGCGUACUACGCGAGUGCGUACCGACGGCGGCGAAGCGACGCCGGCGCCGGCGCGAGGGGCGCGACCGCCGCGACGGACGGCGGCGUGGAGCUCGCGGACGAGGACCGAAGGGCGAGAGGGCUGCGGCGGCUUCGGAGAAUGUGGGCGACGGCGGCGUGGACCAAGUGGUGCGAGGCGUGGCUCGCCGCGCUGCCCGUGGGCGUGCCGGCCGCGGUGGCGUACUUCGUGCUGGUGGGGAGCAUAGGCGCGGGGAGGCUGGGCGGCGGCGGGCCGCUGAUCGGACACUAG